AUGCACUUGAAGUCGGUUCAAGAUCUUAUAGAUUUCUACGAGGAGCCGGUUGAAAAUAUCACGAACUAUGCAAAGCUUUCACGGAUGGAAUCUAAACCAGCGAAUUUGUACAUGAUGGAACAUCCGCAAAGAUUUCAUCCUGAGGAUGUAGAGGCAUGGCAUGGAGGCAUAACAGCUUUCCCUGGAACUGGAGGCACAGUUGUUGGACUGCGGAACAAACGUCUUCUCCGACAAUUUAAACCAAAAUCUGAUUGGUUUGAUUACGAAGAUCAGACUUUUGACUACACACCGCCUGAGAAGGAUAUGCCGUGGGACAACGAAAUAGCCCGACGCAUGGACAGGUGA